AGCUUAGCAGGUCCAUCGUAUAGAUUAGCAUAACUUGGAAGCAAUUCAAAGAGUUAUGUUUGAGCUAAAGUUCUUUUGCUUCGCAGUGGCACUGCUUUUCCUGGUCUCUACGGCAAAUGCCGAUGAUGACAUAGACGACUAUCAAUGCCACGAGCUCUACGAAUACGAUGCAUCUGUUAAAGGAACUGUGUCAAGCCCUUUCUACGGCAAAAGACCAAAUUACCAUAAUGGCUUAUGGUGCGAAUAUAGAAUACGGGCACCAGAAGGCCACAGAAUCAAAAUUACUUUCAAGGAAUUUGACAUAGACCCUUCAACCCAAUGUAUUCAGGAUGAACUUGUCGUAUAUGGCAAAGAUAAGGAGACUGUCUUGGGCAUUCUUUGUGGGCAUUAUCCACCCAGGCCCCUCCUAUCCUUAGAAGGACAGAGCGAGAUUCGACUUCUGUUUCGAACUGAUCACAUGGGUGUAGGAAAAGGGUUCCUUCUGGAGUAUGAAUCUGGUCCAAAUCUCGAAAUCUGUGAUCCUGGAUACAUUCAGUGCGAUAACCGUAACUGCUUUAAACCCGAACAGAAGUGUGACGGAGUGGAUGAUUGUGGAGAUGGAACUGAUGAAGAAGAGUGCAAUUUACCCGUAGCACUUGAACCCGAAGAAUGUGGUGUCCAGGCCUUUACACCGAAAACCAUUUACAGCUUAUCUCCUGACCGAAUGGUUGGUGGAGAGGCUGCUGUCCCCAACAGCUGGCCGUGGCAAGUUUCCUUACAAGGCAGAGGUAGUGAGCCCAAUUCACAUUUCUGUGGAGGAUCACUUAUCAAUGCCCAAUGGAUUCUGACCGCCACACACUGUGUUGCUGGGAGAUAUGCUCCUUGGGACAUCAAGAUUGUGUUGGGAGCCCACGGCAAGUUUACAAAAACUCCAUAUGAGCAAAUCAGAUACAAUGCCAAAGUUGUUGCUUAUCCUGAUCUUGAAGGAGGAAACAUAAGACGGUACAAUAACGCUCAUGAUAUCAGUCUUAUUAAGCUAAACGCACCAGUCACUUUUAACAAGGGAGUUCAACCAGCCUGCUUGCCAGAACUUGGAUGGAAUCCCGAACCUGGCUGGCAUUGUUAUGCAACCGGAUGGGGUGAAAGUAGAGGUUCCGGCCAUGCCGAAGUCUUGAAACAAAUGGAACAAAUUGUGCAACCGAAAGAGAAUUGCAGUUUCAACGAAGAAACCCAAAUUUGCGUAGCCAAGCAUCAAAACUCUCCUUGUCAUGGUGACAGUGGUGGACCUCUACAAUGUAAACUUGGAAAUAAAUGGUACGUCUUCGGAGCUGCAAGUUUCGUUACCACAUCUAAUUUCAUGAAGGGUCUUUGCACUGGACCAGGAGCCAAGACGGUAUACGCUAACGCAGCAGACAAAGCAGAAUGGAUCAAAACCAUCAUUAAAGCAAAUUCAUGAAAAACUCUUGAUUUGUGUAAAAUAUUCAUAUGCUAAUGCACUUUGAUAUAAUUUUUUGUAAGUUAUCAGUGAAUGGUAAUAUGCUAUAAUGCAGUAAAAAAAAUUAAAUAUUUUUUCUUGUGUUUUUUCA